AUGUAUUUGCAUUAUGAGCGGUGCUUCACGUGCGAUGAGGGGGAAGGAUUUGCUUUCCGUUGCUGCCACUGUGACGGGUGUGAUAAGCCUCAACGGUACGUGGUAUGCCGGGCAUGUGCUGCCGACACGCAGUGCCGUCUCUGCGGUGCUGUGGGUGGGUACUUGACUGGUGAUGAUGAUUAUGAUGUUGACAGCCAGGAUUCGACACAUGGUGGUUUCAGCUACCGAGAUGAGGUUGACAGUCAGGACUCGACGUCCGAAGCACUGAGCUGCAGAGAUGAUAGCGACGCGGCAUCCUUGUUUUCCGAUCCAGACUUGGACUUGGAUGAUGAUUUUGACACAGAUGCCAAGUGCUACAUGCCGGACACGGAGUUCGAACUGGCGGAUGGGAACUGGAUCAAGGUCCAAGAUCUUCAGCCUGGCAUGAUAGUCUUCUCCCACGGUGCACAGCCCAUCAAGGUGCAUGCGGUUAGUUCGCACAACACCAUUGACACGGCCGGCAUGCUUUUGACCGGCCACGGCCACUGUUUCCAAAUCCCACUUUCGGUGGACCAUAGGGUCGUUAUUCCGCGUGGCCAGUACAACCAUCCUCAGUCAAUUCCAGCCUCCCAUCUUCGAAAGGGUGACAAGGUUUGCUGCAAGAGUGGCAUCGUGACCCUUCUGGAUGCCGAGCCCCUGAUCCUCGAUGAUGGUCUGCCAGAUUUUCCCGUCCCUGUAUUCUGGGUGGGACAUGAUUGCUUGCUGACCAAGGGCACGAAGAGGCAGGGAAGGCAGCGUGGCCUUCAGAGACUGUCUCUAAAAGUGCGACUCAUCCAGUAUUCCGACAACUGGCCAGAGGAGUUGAAUCAAGCGUACUGGCAGCUCGCAGGGAGAGUGGACAUCGCGACUCUCAAUGCACAGCUGCACCUCGUGGAUCGGUACGCCAACGAUUUGGGCGUCCUUGUCCGUGACGACAUCGCGCAAGUCUCCACAUGUGUGCCAUAUAGAGAGCACUUUCCUUUGAUUCUGCGAUGGUAG